AUGAACGCCACCCAUCAAGAGGAGACACUCAUCUCCCUCAUAAAAUCCUGCUCCCACAAAUCCCACCUUCUCCAGCUCCACUGCCUCCUCAUCCGCACCUCCCUUCUCCACAGCCCCGCCGUCUUCUGCCCAUUCCUCUCCCGCCUCGCCCUCCCUCCCUUCCGGGCCGUCUCCUACGCCGGCAGGAUCUUCCGCGGCUUCCCGUCGCCCGGCGUUUUCCUCUACAACACCAUAAUCAGAGCUCACUCACUGAGCCCCAACACGGCCCACGACGGCCUCCGCCUCUACCGUGAGCUGCUCAGUUCAAACAUCCCUUCGAAUUCACUGUCGGCGGCCGGGGCCGUCAAGUGCUGCGCCCACAUCAACUCCCUGCGCGGCGGGGCCCAGAUUCACGCCAGGAUAUGUAAAGAUGGGUUUUCCUCAGAUGGCCGUUUAAUGACCACGUUGAUGGAUUUGUACUCGUCCUUGCAGGAAGGUAGUAGUGCGUACAAGGUGUUUGAAGAAAUGCGUCACAGAGACACCGUUGCUUGGAACGUAUUGAUUUCUUGCUGCACGCGCAACGGGCGAACCCGUGAUGCAUUAACCUUGUUCGAAAGGAUGAUUAGCAACUCGAGUUGCCCGCCGGAUGAUGUCACGUGCUUGCUCGUCCUCCGGGCGUGUGCGAACCUGAACGUGCUCGACUGGGGCGAAAAGGUCCACCGCUACAUUUCAGAAAACGGACUUUCCCACGCGAAAAAUGUUUCCAACUCUCUCAUAUCGAUGUAUUCUCGAUGCGGAUCCAUGGAGAAAGCAUACGAGGUUUUCCAACACAUGCCCGAUCGAGACGUGGUGACGUGGAGCGCCUUGAUAUCAGGCCUAGCGAGCAAUGGAUACGGCCCAGAAGCCAUCCGGGCCUUCCACCAAAUGUGUGCAGAAGGGAUUUCUCCGGACGAUCAAACGUUCACCGGGCUUUUAUCUGCCUGUAGCCAUUCGGGCCUGGUCGAAACGGGCCGAGCUUUUUUCAAGUCCAUGAGCCGGGACUAUGGAGUCCAGCCGAGUAUCCACCAUUACGGAUGCAUGGUGGACCUAUUGGGCCGUGCGGGCUUACUCGACGAGGCUUACGAGCUAGUGAACUCUAUGGAGAUCAAACCGGACCCCACGAUGUGGAGAACACUGCUCGGGGCUUGUAGGAUUCACCGUCACGCGGCGUUGGGAGAACGGGUUGUCGAGCGUUUAGUCGAGCUCAAGGCUCAAGAAGCAGGGGAUUACAUUCUCUUGCUGAAUAUUUAUUCGUCUUCAGGGGAAUCUGAAAAAGUAAUGGAAAUUCGAAAGAUGAUGAAGGAGAAGAGCAUUCGAACAACACCGGCUUCCAGCUCGGUAGAGUUGAAAGGUCAAGUUCAUGAAUUUUUCGCAGACGAUGUUUUGCACCCGAGUAAAAAGGCUAUUUACGGAAAGCUCGAUGAAAUCAAUCAGCAGCUGAGAAUUGCUGGUUAUGUAGCAGAAAUCGAGCCGGGUCGUGAGGUUUUGUACCAUAGCGAAAAAUUGGCUAUUGCUUUUGUGAUUCUCGAGACACCACCUGGAACGACUGUGAGAGUGGCGAAAGAUUUGCGUAUAUGUGCGGACUGUCAUAAUUUUUGCAAGAUUUUGUCGGCUGUUUAUGACCGGAAAGUGGUGGUCAGGGAUCGGAAUCGGUUUCAUCACUUUCGAGAAGGAAGGUGCUCGUGCAAUGAUUACUGGUGA